AUGCCUAAUCCUGACCAGAGGGCGAAUUGUUUCCCCGCUACCUCCUCGCGGAAUGCAUCACGAAGCGGGACACCCCACUCCGAUGGUGAGAAUCCAAGACCAGGUUUACAACGCUCACAAGGGCGUGACCACACCGUAUCCCAUGUCCACCGCAUCAGCCCAGCUCGUUAUCCGAAACCAUCGUUCUGGGAAAAGGAGGAUGUUGCUCCCAAACCUCAGGGAGCGCCUAAGAAAUUCGUUCCAUUUUCGAUUCGCGAUUCCCAGUCUAUCGAAGCUGCCUUUCGGGAUCUUGCGGACCGAGAAGAUGCUGCGGAAUCAUCCAAGCUAAAGGACACUUCCAAAACGGUCAAAGUUCCUGUCAAUGAAGAUUAUCUAUUCGAUGUCGACAUUCAGAAAAGGGAACUUGGCCCUGCUUAUUGGCUGGGCCCGAUUUACGAGGUUAGGCGUGGUUCUUGGUUCUUUCAAGAAGGCUCAAAUCUUCGUCCAUGUGAAGAAAAUCUUGCAACUCAGUUGGAAGAGGGUUAUCUGAAAGUGAGACCAUGGAAUUUCCAAUGCAAGGGCUCACCAAACAGCCCGCAAGCAAGCGACGUGUCGGUACAUUCCUAUGAUGCCAGAAGCAGGGGGCCAUCGAUCUCCAACGUGGACCUAGACAGCAAAGAGAGCCCAGCCAAUGAAACGGUGUGGGUGCCUUUAUCUCCAUCCAGUGCUGUGAAUGAGUCAUAUCGCCUUUUCGGCUCCUACAUGAACAAUAGGGUCACAUACCAGGAUGCGUGUACGGCCUGGCUUAUGUCUGAUGAUUUUGUGUCAAGGAUGAGCAAUACCGUAUAUCAGCGGCUUGGUGCAGCCGCAGGGACAAAGGUCGUUCGUGGAUAUUCGGAAAGCAAGAAAGCUAAAGAACCCGCAGACGGAAAAUCGACCGAGCCGGUCCCCAAAGACCCUAAUAAAUCCAUUAAAAGGCGAUCAGCUCCGGCUGGCUCUGUGUCUUCACCAUUUCCCUCAAAUGAUAAAAGCCAGGAGCCGCCCCUUACCUCCUUUGAGCGCCAGAGAAAUCCGUUUGAGCGUCAGAUUUCAUCUUUGACUGGAGAACCACAGGAUGAUGACCAACUAGCGGAACUCGAAGAACAAGCCCGAAAACAAGAGGAGAAAGAGAUGGAAGAUUCAGGGGAAGUCGACGGUGAAGAGGCUGAUAGAGAGAUUGAUCAUCUGAUUCUUGUCACACACGGGAUUGGCCAACGGUUGGGAUUGCGGUUGGAUAGUAUUAAUUUCGUGCACGACGUCAAUGUCCUCAGGAAGACCAUGAAAAGUGUAUACGCCGCAUCACCAGAUUUGCAGGUUCUUAACUCGCACGUUGACUCCGAGCUCAAGAACUGUCGUGUCCAGGUCCUUCCCGUAUGCUGGAGACAUUUACUUGACUUCCCACAACAAGGACUCAAGCAGCAUCGAAAAGAGCUUGACCUUGCUGACGCUGAUAAAAUGGCAGUUGAGGAUGCGCACUAUCCAAGUUUGAAAGAUAUUACACUAGAAGGGGUCCCUGCUGUCCGAAAUCUGAUUACCGAUCUAGCUAUGGAUGUUUUGCUUUACCAGAGUGCCUACCGGGAGCAUAUUGCGGGUAUCGUGCAAAGGGAGUGCAAUCGCAUAUACAAGCUUUUCAAAGUCCGCAACCCGAGGUUUAAAGGUUCCGUUAGCUUUUGCGGUCAUUCCCUGGGUAGCGCCAUACUUUUUGAUAUCCUCUGCCACCAACCAAGGACUCCAGGACAGGUCAAGUCCACUAAUUGGAGUUCCUCAAGUUCUAAAAGUAGAGGAGUUGAAGCUCCGAAAUCAGAAGCCUUUCCCUUGGAUUUCGAAUGUGCUGAUUUCUUUUGCCUUGGAUCUCCGAUUGGGCUUUUCCAGAUGCUGAAAGGGAAAAGAAUUGUCGGAAAGGACUUGAAGAUAAUGGACUCGACCCAACCCCCUGGUUUCUUAACUUCAGUCUCGUCACCUAAGUGUGGGCAGCUAUUCAAUAUUUUCCAUCCGUCCGACCCUAUCAGUUACCGCAUUGAACCCUUGAUAUCCCCAGCCAUGACUGCACUGAAACCUCAGCCCUUACCAUACGUCAAACGCACAAUAUGGAGCACGUCAGGUCAGAGCCUCACUAAUAUCAGUACCCGGGUGGGCCAGAGUGUCGGCUCCCUUUGGACUCACUUUGCUUCCGGGGUUGCAAGCAGCUUUCUGAACCGCAGCUUGGGCCUGAGUGAAGCGUCAAUGCAACCACGACCAGCUGUUGGAGAACGGCAAAAAAUAACUGGUUCAGGCACUAAGUUAGAUAGCGAUCAAUCACAGGCGGUUGACAUGGGAGCGGUGGUCAACGAGCCAAGUCCAUCCCAGAAAUACCCGACUCUCAUCGAUGCGAAUAUAGAAACGCUCUAUGACGGGUUCCAGAAAACUAGGAACUCGUCGAUCGACAUAGCUAUUGAAUCCGAAUCCUCAAUCGGGCUUGAAAAUCGCGCGCGCAAUAUAAGGCAUGAGGAGGAAAAAGUCCGCGCUUUGAAUUCUAAUGGUCGGGUUGAUUAUAGUAUACAAGAAGGUGCAUUUGAUAUAUCUCUUAUAGCUAGCAUUGCUAGCCAUCUUUCUUACUGGGCUGAUGAAGAUGUGAGCCACUUUAUGCUAUCACAGCUGCUGUCAAGAACCCUCAAGGAGCAGAGGGAUCGUAAAUGA